AUGGCGACCUCCUCCUCCUCCUCCUUGAAGCCUCUCUCCUCCUCUCCGGCUGUUCCCCUCCUCUACUCUCGUCUCGGCCUCUCUCCCUCAAUGGCCGCUGUCACUCUUCUCGCCCUCGGCAAUGGCGCCCCUGACCUCUUCGCCUCGAUUGCCGCCCUCCACACAGGCCAGGCGCGGACCGGCCUUGGGGCUGUAGUAUCGGCCGGUGCCUUUGUCUCAGCGUUCGUCGUCGGUGCCGUAGCUGCUCUCUCCCCCACUUCUCCCUUACCCCUUGAGCCAGCGCCGUUCAUCCGCGACGUCUUUUUCUACAUUCUUGCCGCCUCCGGUAUGUUCUACAUCUAUCUCAGCGCUGAGAUCUUCCUAUGGCAGGCCGUGGGAUUGAUUGUGUUCUACGUUUUCUUUGUUGGCCUUGUCUUCUGGAUGGAUUCCAACUUCAAAAGAAGGGAAGUGAUGGUGGACGAGAUGAUUAAGUUGCCAGAGUGGGAAUUGGCGAAAGCCGCUGAAAAUGCUGAGGCAUGCAAACCUAAUGGGCCUGGCUGGGGAUUAUAUCAACUAUUUGGGUUGGUCGCUCGACUGUGGGAAGUUCCUGCCACAACUCUUUUAAAGCUUACCAUACCAUCACCAUCAGCAGCAGAGUGGAGCAGAUUUCACGCCGCUGCCAAUGUAGCCUUGUGCCCCAUCUCUCUCCUCUAUUAUUUUAGCUCCUUCAUCACCAUGGACAGUCGCCUCGUGUUCAUCAUUCCUCACUCUCGUUUCCCUCUCUGGUCUAUCGUUCUCUUCAUCAGCUUCUUCCUUGCAAUUCUCCACUUCAUUUUUGAGAAUGAACCUCCAGAAACCGAACGGAUAGCAACCACAGUUGCUGCAUUUGUGAUGAGUGUGGUCUGGAUCUCAACAAUGGCAGGAGAACUGUUGAACUGCUUAUCAGCCAUAGGUACCAUCAUGAACCUUCCACCUGGAAUCCUAGGCUUGACUGUGCUGGCGUGGGGGAAUUCCGUUGGGGAUCUUGUUGCCGAUGUAGCACUAGCAAGGGCUGGGCAACCGGCGACUGCCGUUGCCGGGUGCUUCGCUGGUCCCAUGUUCAACAUGCUUGUGGGGCUCGGCUCGGCUCUUGUGAUGGAGACUGGAAAUCUGUACCCAGAGGCUUAUAAGCUCCAGUUCCAUAUUAGCAUUGUGAUUGCUUUUGUUUUUCUUCUACUGAGCCUCUUGAGCUCCCUUUUAGUUGUGAUCUGGUUCAGGUUUAGGGUCCCAAGGUUCUGGGGUUAUUCCCUCAUAGGGCUUUACCUCGCAUUCACUGCUUUGAGUCUGUCAGUUGCAGUUCUUUCCAGAUGACUUUGAGUAUUUAUAUUUUCCGGCGAAAGUUCCUGGACAAGUACAGCGAGUUCCGGUAAUCUCUGGAGUUUGCAUCAUUGUGAAGGCUAGCAUCCAUAAGAGCAAUGGUAUGUGAUUUCCUUUUUCCUCACAAGUUCAUUUAUAAUCAUCUCAUGUGAUUAAAGAUUUCAUUUUUUUGUAGAGAUGAUUAUCAUGUUGCAUUUUUCUCUGAGCGAGCAGAAUGCUGAAAAUCUUUAGCUAGUUAUUUUCACAUGUACGACUUGAUUAAAAUUUUAUAAUUAGCUUAUCCCAAAUAGUUGGCUAAGGCUAAUCAUUAUGAAGAAGAAGAUGAUAGUCGUAUGAUUUGAUUAAACAUGUAUGUAAGACAUUUCUUGAGAAUAUAAUGUUUCUCCUACCACCACCCAAAAAUGUAAAAUCAGAACCUUUGAAAAAAUUUUCACAUUAAUGAAAAAGGCUAAGCUUCUUUGUUGAUUU